GUUAAUUCAUCGCUAGAGACCACAGCACCUGCCGAUGGCACGCCCUCACUGAUGCCACAGGAGCGGCCUAUGUGUUGCAACGAUGAUGCGCCCACCAACACAGGUGCGGCCCCGGCGCGGGUUCGGCGCUCCGUCGAACGGUCCGGCGGGUCCGACUCGCUAUGGAACCCGCGAUUCUGCCCGUGCCAGGCGCGGGACCUCCGAUGCGCUGUCGCGGCCGAGGCCCAGCCCCAGACCUUCAGAGAGGCCUGCUAGCACCAGGAGCAGCGAGGAGGGACAGGAUGGCUUGUCAGCUGGCUCCGAACGGCCGGUGGGCGGCCAGCGGCCCACGGAACGCCCCUCAGAGGAGGAUCAGCGGGUCAGCGUUUGCGUCCGCGUCCGACCCAUGUCAGAAGCCGAAGUCUCGGAUGGAUUCACCCAGGUCAUCAACUGCGAUUUGGACCAUCCGGGCACCAUCCAAGUCCUAAGGCCACCAGGGCCCAGCGAAAGCAGGAAACAAGAGACCUACACCUUUGACACUGUGCUGCCAAGCAGCGCGGGUCAAGCUGCGGUGUACAAUCUGAUCGGCAGUCCGAUCUUCGACCGCUUGGCCGACGGGUACAACAGCUGCAUCAUUGCCUUCGGCGCAACGGGAUGCGGGAAGAGCCACACCAUCUUCGGGCUGAACCCUAAGCAGGAGCGUGGACUUGUCCCCCGGAUCUCCGAGAGCUUGUUUAAAGCCUUCAGCAAUGUGGGAAAACAGACGCUGGUCAAAGUCUCCUACUUGGAGCUUUACAAUGAGAAGGCCAGAGAUCUCCUGAAGCCUGAUGGAGUGGAAAAUGGCCAGGCGGCAUCGCUCGAAGUCCGAGAGCACCCCAAGGCUGGAGUCUUUGUGGAGGGCCUCACGCGCUCAGCGGUCUCCAGUUCAGAAGAUGUCCUACGACUGGUGGAUUUUGGUCACAAGAUCCGGGUCGUGCGAUCGACGCACAUGAAUGCGCAUAGUUCCCGAUCCCACGCAAUCGUGACCUUGCAUUUGCAGCAAGCGUUGAACGAGCCCGGGAGCCGGCAGAUCAUGCGCCACUCGCAGCUUCACGCUGUGGACCUCGCCGGGGCCGAACGGCUCUUCAUGGUAGGCGAGGAUACACUUCGACGGCGAGAAAGCAUGCAAAUCAACAAGAGCCUUUUAGCGCUGGGACAAAUGAUCUCGAAGAUCUCCAAAGGAAUGGCAGGCUCAUUUGUGCCCUACCGAAAUAGCAAGCUCACCUUUCUUCUGGCUGACAGCUUGAUGGGGAACUGCCAGACUGCCAUGAUUGCUUGCAUUUCGCCUUCCUCGUCCUAUCAGCAGCUCACGGAGAGCACCUUGCGCUUUGCCACCUCUGUGAAAGAGAUCAAGACGAAGCCCGUGCAAAACGAAGAGCCGACCGGGGACUUGGUGCAAGCGCUUCGAGCUGAAGUGGCAAUGUUGAGACGAAGGCUGCGGCAGGGCAGCUAUGACCAGUCCCAAGCCAGGGAGAUGGAAGCGCAACUACGCGGGGAUGAGUACCUCCAGGAGGAAUUGAGCGCAAACAUUGCAGAGAUGCAGGCUCGUGCGAAGACGGCCGAAGGGCUCCGACGCCGGACCUUGCGGCAGUUGGGCCUGCGCAAGUCCGAGGCGAAGAAUGGAAUCUUCUUGCAGAAGAUCUCCUCAGAUCCGCUACUUUCAGGCUGUUUGACCUGGACCAUGUCGCCUGGAGACGAGUUGCGCAUCGGCAGCGAUCCCGACUGCGAGAUCUUGGUCGACGGCCUGGGCGUCGAGGCGACGAUGUGCCACUUGCACUGUCUUGAUGCCAGCACAAUACAAGUUCUUCCUGGCGAUGCGAAGCAACUCUCGGAAGACGAGGAUGGCCGAGAUGGACUUCACAGGAAGGGUUCCUUGUUCAAGCGGGGCAGCGGCAUUGUGAUGGUGAACAGCAUCGUCCUGAAGGAGCCGCAAGUGCUCCAGAGCGGGGACUUCUUGCGGGUGGGGCGCACGCACUUCUUCCGAGCGGUGGGCACGGACGCCCUUUCAGCUGACCGUGCUGAGGAUGCUCGGGUCAUGGACGCUGCCAUUGGCAUCGAUGUGGCCAAGGACGCGCAGCACUUGCGUGAUCGCUUUGGAGUGGAGAAGGCGGACGAGGUGAUCCGGGAUUUGAAAGAGCUGAAGCUGGUGGUGGAAGAGGCCAACGAGCUCACCGUCGAGCUGCGGGGCUUGGAUGAGGUGAGCUUCAAGGGCCGUUUGCUCAUGGAUCCCCUCGAGAGUGAGGAGCCUUCGGUGGUGGUCUCGAAGAUUGAGCGCCCAGAAGGCAGUGAAGAGAGGAGCCAUUUAGCCGCUACAUGGACCCUCGCAGACUUUCAGCUUCGCUUGGAGGUCAUGCGCGACAUCUACGAUGAGGUGAGGCACCGGGAUUUGCCCUGGGGGCAACCGGGUGACCUGGAUCCGUGGCAGGCGCGAGACCACAUUCCGGUGAUUACAUCGACCAGGGAUACACCUCGGAGCUCCUAUGCAGGUAGUCCUUUGCGGCACUCACGGGAGAACACUCCCAGGGCGAUUCCAUGUCCGGAAGCGUCUCUGACGACGACCUUGAGUGCCCCGCACGGCACCCGUGAGAGUGCAACCGCUGAAGCUAUGCCCAGCAAUGUAGCUGCACUCCUGCAGCAGCUUCCUCAUCUCCAAGCUGAGCUGGCCAAGGCGCACCAAGCACAGGGACAACAAGCAAGUGAGUUGAGCUCGGUUCGGCGGGAGUUGGAGGAACUGAGACUCAGCCUGACCUUGCAGAAGAGCACCACGCGAUUUUUCGGACCAACUUGGUGGCCUGGGCCAACAGCUUCACCGGAAAGACCUUCACUGUCAUACCUUCCAGCCCUGUACUGGUAAGCUCAGCCAACGGUCGCAGCAGGAAUGUGUUUUUGGGGCCAGCUGACCCGAACAGAGUGACCAAUGCCAGCAAGACAGGGCUGUGCAUCCCCAUUGUUGUCAAUGACUGUGGAACGAGAUGAGUCAUGAAGCAAUGACAUGUGAGCUAGGCUCAAAAUUAGAGAAAGUGACGAAUAGUCAGUGCAUGUUUUGCUCAAAAAACAAAAACACACUCAGCAAAAACGAUAACGUGAUGGUUGUGAAAAACGAUAAUACACUCACCAAAUCCUGAUGAUUUGCAACUCCACAACAAACUUUGACAAUCGCUCAUGUAAUUCUUUGUAGUUAUUAUACCACUGCCUCUUGACC